AUACAUUUGGUCAUGUCCUACCGUAAUAUUGUACAGAAUUGGAAGUAAAGGUGUUUUUGAUACCUUUCGAGAGCUUCGAACGCGAAGCUGCAAUGAGUUGAGAAAUUUGUAUUUGUUAUGUUGUAACAGUGCUCAAUUUCAAUUCCCCGAACUUACAGAAACAUUUUAGAGCUGUAUAGGAAAGAACGUAAUAAUUUUGAAAUGAAUUUGUUUAAAGCAAUGUUCAGUUAACGGAGUGAAAUUUUGUUAGUCCAACAAAUCCACACUUAACCACGUACUCACAUUUAUCCAACUAAGCAUGGAGGGUACACUUGCAGCAGAUGUUAUUGAUGAUGAAUCUGGGAAACCAGAUGAUGAUGUGUGUCAAAUUGUAGAAUGUUCUGAAAGUUUAAAAGAUAUCAAACUCAAAGAUCUUCCACCUGUUCAUCAAUAUAUCAAGAAGAUUGACAGUGGUUCCUGCCAGCCGUCCACGAGUAAGGAAGACAGCCUAGCAAGCUGGGUGGUCGGGGGCUCGCUGGGCUCGAAGAGCACGUACCUCCAGUUCCGCUGCCUCGCGCUGUCCGCGCCCCCCGCCUGCCCCCCGGCCCACGAGCUGCACAUGACCUACAAGACGAUUCAGGCGGAGACCAAGCUGCUGGCGGCUGUUCUCUGCGCCCACGGGAUGACCGAGGUUCGUCCCAAUAUCCCGGACUUCAACUUGCUGUGGACGGGAACGCAUCCAAAGCCUCAUCUUCUCAAAUCAAUGAUGUCUUAUCAACGAGUAAAUCACUUUCCCAGGUCCUUUGAGCUGACUCGGAAGGAUCGCCUCUACAAGAACAUACAGAAGAUGCAGCUGACAAAGGGCGCAAAGCAUUUUGAUUUCAUCCCGCAGACGUUUGUCAUGCCCAUGGACUUCAGGGAGUUCUGCACCAACCACUAUCGCAUGCGAGGCCCAUGGAUCGUAAAACCUGUUGCGUCGUCCAGGGGUCGGGGGAUUUAUAUUGUGAACUCUCCAGACCAAGUGCCGGUGGAGGAGAACAUAGUGGUGGCCAAGUACAUUGACAACCCCCUGCUGGUGGACGGACGGAAGUGCGACCUGAGGCUGUACGUGGCGGUCACCUCGUACGACCCCCUGCUGGUGUACAUGUACGAGGAGGGCCUGGUGCGGUUUGCCGCCGUCAAGUACGACACCACGGGGAAGCACUUGUGGAACCCCUGCAUGCACCUCUGCAACUACAGCAUCAACAAGUACCACUCCGACUAUGUAAAGAGCGAGGACCCGGACGCCGAGGACGUGGGGCACAAGUGGACGCUGAGCGCGCUGCUGAGGCACCUGCGCGCUCAAGGUCGCGACACGGCGCUGCUCAUGCAGCAGAUAGAGGAGGUGGUGGUGAAGGCCAUCCUCGCCUCCGCCCCGCCGAUAGUGUCCGCCUGCCGCAUGUUCGUGCCGCACCCCCGCAACUGCUUCGAAUUGUACGGGUUCGACAUCCUUAUUGAUUCUGCUCUGAAGCCGUGGUUGUUGGAAGUGAAUUUGUCUCCGUCCCUGGGGUGUGAUUCGCCACUGGACAUACGCAUCAAGUCAGCAAUGUUGGUUGACUUGCUCACCCUAAUUGGGCUGCCUGCAGUUGACCCCAUGAUCCGGCGAGCCACCGAGAGCUCCCGCGGAAGAUCCAGUAUCAGUUGUCGGAACAUACAGUCGGCAGACCCCGGGGCCAGCAGCAGGAAGUCUGCGUCGCUGCCGCGGGCGUCCCUGUCGCCGGAGGAGUCACGUGUCGUCAAGGCGGCCCUGGCCGAGUACGAGCGGCGCGGAGGCUUCGUGCGCAUAUUUCCUUCCCUGGAGAGCUGGAAGCGUUAUGCAACGUAUCUCGACCCGCAGACGGGCAUCACGUGCACCCUGCUGCCGGGAGGGGGUGGCCACACCUGCUACCUGCCGGCCACCAGCCCUCGCAACUACAACCUGCUGGUGCACCGGCAGCUGUUCCCGGAGUUGCAGGCGUGCGGGCGGUCGCCGGCCGAGCGCCUCACGCGCUACGAGCGUGCCCUGCUUCGCGGCCAUAAGGCCGGCCUGUACGACCAUCUGGGUUCUGGUGAUUUGGAUGUAGAUGAAGAUGAGAAUGAGUCCACAGACUUCAAGCAGAAAAUUUUAGAUUGCAUACAAAAUGGUGGGAGGUUGAGUCAGUACCAAGCAAGAAGAAUGUUUGCACAGUACUUAGGUUGUAUUUUGCGUCGAGUAGCAAGAUGUUCGAAGGGUGACACAGACGAUGUAAAUGGAGAGUUAAUCAUAAAAUUCUUACAGAAAGCAUCAACAAACCUGCGCACUCCAUAUUUUGUUCAGAUUCCCAGUCGUAAACUGGCAGGGAAGGAUCGUGUUGCAGUGGUUGCAAAGCAACUGAACGACUUCAUCUACCUGUACAACCGAGAAACAGAGCUGUACUCGGAAUCUGGAGAUAAGCCUAAUUUGGUGUCGAGCAAACUGUUUCAGGCCUUCUUAAACAAUGCUGGCGAGGCAGACCUGGAGGACGUACUGUCAGUGCAGACGCAGCAGUACAAGUGCGCGCACCUGUACCUGGGGCGGUGUGGACCGAGCGCGGGGGGCACUCAACCCCUGGGACUGCUCCGGACCGUCCCGGUGGGGCCGGGCGAGUGCCCCGCCCUGCGCAGGCCGCCCAGGCCCGCCACCUCCGCAGCCGACGUGCCUUCCGUCCCCGGCAAGAGGCAGACCAGCGUCAAGAUCUCCCAAGCGCUGUGAUCGCUCCUCCACACCUUACCUAUUUAUUUUUUUAUAUUUGCUCUAGUAAGAAUAGUAUUAGCUGGUAACGCGCGAUAUCGUGGGGCAUUUUAUAUGUUUAUUAUGUGUUGCAAAGUCUCGUUUGUAAUGAGCAUUUGAUACAUUAUAUAUAUACUUAAUUUUGGAACACAGUUGUAUAUUGUACAUAUGUAAUUUUUUUUUUUAAAUUGUGAGCGAAGGAGAAGCUUGGAAUCAUCGAAGUGCAUUUGAAUCUGUAGCCUUAAACUGUAGUAGAGGUCCUAAUUUUGAAACAGUUCUCGAAAAAAAGAGUCUUGAAGGACUUGUCUGUUUGAUGUUCUUACUUGAAAGGCCUUUUGUAGCAACCUGUGAUUAGUUGUAAAUUUUUGUUAUGUUUUCAAUUUUAUGUAGCCAAGAUAUUCUUUUAUUUACUGUUGUGUAUUUAUUUCUUUGAAAUUUGAAUGUGAUAGUAAUAAUUUGGUGUAAAAUGAUAUACUAAAUAUUUUUCACAUUUUGAUACUUGGGAAAUGACAAUGAGACAAGGGAAAGUAUAUAAACUGCCAAUUUUAAAUAAGGUCUCCUUGAUUAUUCAUCUUUUAUUUAAUUUUUUUUUUCAACACUUUAUCAGCUGAAUUGUUGUUAAAAGUGCUGUGAGCUCUCAUAAAGUGUGCAAUCUUAAAAUUAGCUCUGGACAGUACUUUAAAUGGUCAUGACAAAUAUUCAGUAGAAAGUGUAAUAAAUUAAUCUUAAAAGGAGGAUUGAUAGACUCGAAGUGAUAAAUCUUUGUAUGUUCAGUAUAUUUGAGUUUUGGUGAAAAGAAUUUUUGUACUACUAAUAACAUGUUAAUAUAAUAUUAUAACUUUUAUGUUCAGAUCAGCUUCGCAGCUUAUAAAUUUUCUUUGAUAUUUAGCUGGUAAUUUGUAUUAGUAUGUCAGUUUUGAGUUUGGUUCCUGUGAUGUGCUGUUGUUAAAUGACUGUUUCAGCUAUGAUGUUACCGCCUCAUCACUAACUAACUUCAAAUUUAGAGAUUCAAUUUGAAGUUUAAUGUCAGUUUAGUUGAAUCCUGAGAGAAGUUUGAAUUUAAGUUGUAGAUGUAAUUUUCUAGUGAAAUGUGUGCUAAUGUUAAAUCAAGGUUUAUGGAAAGACUUAACAAAACUUUGCUUAAUUCAGCCAAAGUUUUUUUUAAAUUUCAUUUUGUAUAAAAUCAUCAUAGAGCAAAACUAAACUAUGUUAUAAAAUAUUUUAUUUUUAGUUCUUUGUAAUUCACAUUGCAACACAAAUCAGUAAAUUAAUAAAAUGAGACUAAGAAAAAUUAAUUUAAAAUCAGAAACUGUAGAAAAAUAAAUGAAUUUUGCUAAAAAUAACAUUUUUGAAGGCCUUAAAAUUCUUUGUUUCUAGUUAUGUAAGAGCUUUAUAGCAGAGGUAAAUAAAAAAAAAUUUGGUGAUCAGGAUAAUGUAGCUAGGAAAACGUUAUGAACAAUCAAUCAUUCCCAAUAUAUCUUAUUUGUGUUGUAUGUUUCAGGGUCUAAUUACCUUCAAAGCCAUAAAAAAAUAUUACUGAUGGGAAUUUGUUUCUUUUGAAAACCAAGGAAUUGUGAAAAUAUGUUUUUGUUGUUUUUUCAUAUUACAUUAAAAACUUUAUUAGAAUGAAUUUUACAAGAUUUUUUAAUUGCCAUAGACUUGACUAACCAUUUUUUGUAAAAGAAAAAAAUAAUAAUAAAAGGGGGUGGUUGGGAAUGUAUAUUUGUCUUUUUAUGUAAUUUUAGGGUUGUUGGUGUUGUUUUUUUUCUGUGGCUGUAAGUAGUGUAUGUGAUGUGUGAACAGUUGUCCAUCUAUAUAUUUCUCAACCAUCACUCUCAUUUUAUUUACUUAUUUAUGCAGCUACUCAUUCACUUUGUCACGCUACAAUUCCAUGCUGCAACUAAGAGCUAUAUCAUUAUUACUAUUUUCAACUUUUAGACAGUUGAUAAAUGCCUUCAACGGUACCAGUUUCUAUUCUACAAAGGAGCUAAACUCAAUACUUGACUCAUAGUUGAGUUACAAUGUUGUUGAUUUUAAUGUACCUGGUAUUGUUGUUACUAUCUCAAUCAGUUAUUAUGUGAUUAAUAUAAUUUUAUUCCAGUUCUUUGCAUGCAUUUCCAAUGUAUUUGAUAACUAAUGUUGCGAAUUUUUCUUAUUCCUCAUUGUGAUACUAUUAGAGAUGUAGUUUUGCAGUUUAUUGUACCUAGUUCUACUUACAUUAAACAUAUUGUAAUUUUCUCUUAACAUGUCUACCUGCCUUAGCAAGGGGUGCACUUGGUUUUCAUUAAAUAAAUCUUAGAAUUUUGCCAAAGCUUCUAAAGCAUUUGCUAUGAAUUUGAACAAGGUAUCUGUCUUUCUUCCAUUUUUAAAAUACAGUAUCAGUACUUAACAUAUAUGUAUCUGUGAUGUUUCUUCUAUGAAAAAACCAUUUUUUGUAAUGUAGAUUUAGGUUCUGUAGCACAAAUUUGUAAAGAAUUUGCAUAUGCUAAAAUAGUUUGCAGGUUUAAAGAUUCUAUUCAUAAAAAUUAAUUUUUUUAACACUAACUGGUGAAACUUGUAUAUUGAUAUGUACCAUUUAAAAAUUAAAGGUUAAAUGAUGUCUGUCAGUUCAUGAACUAUGUGAUAAAGGCCAUGUGUUUUGCAUUCUUUUUGGCAGUUAUAAUCUAAUAUUUAGAAGGAAAUACUCUAGUCAGGAUUGGUUAGUCAUUGUGGGUUGUGUUUUUUUGUGAAUUAACUCUGUAACAUUUGAUGAUGGUUAUUGUAAAAUUGUUCACUUGUACUAUACUAAAAUUUAGUGAGUUGAGUUUGAUGGAAACCGAUAUUAUUUUUGUGAUAAAUUAUAUGUCUUUGAAGUCAUGUUUUUAGGUUUUUAGCAACAAUGUGUUUAUUCUGUAUGUGAGUUCAUGACGUAUUUGUUCAGUUCAAAUUUUCUAAAUUACAGCGAAACCCCUUAUUUACGUUACCGUUAUUUACGUUUUCCCGUUAUUUGCACUAUAUUCUUCAGAUCCCGUUUGGUUCCCAUUUAGUCCAAUACAAUACUUUCACGCUAAUUAUGUCUCAAAAAUCGAAUCCAUCCCGCUAUUUACGUCACGUAACAACCAUAAACAACUUGGUGCAAUUGCCAAAAAUGAUGAAACUACAAAAGAAUUGUCCGAGAAUAAACAUGUGAAACGAGUCAAAGAUUGCGUUCAUAUCGAAAACCACAACAAAAUGUACUAAGGAAAAACGUAAAAUCACGAAUGUAUAAACGUAACGGGAUUGUCGGGAAUAUUACGUGGGUGCUGAUACUGUAUUUAGAGAGAGAGAGAGAGAGAAUGUUGUCACCAGUUCCCCCCCCCCCCCCCCCCCCCCCCUUUUGUUCACUUUCUUCGCUUCCUCCAUUCCUCGUCCCAGCAGCGACCGGUGAGUCAUCUAUUUCUCCGCGCCAGCUUAGCAACGUAGCGUGGCACGUCUCCCUCCCUCCCUCCCUCCCUCCCUCCCACCCACUCACCCACCCUUCCACGUCCAGUUGUGACGAUAUAGCGCUUCAUUAUCUUCCGUCUACACAGCAGAGUUUAAUUAUUUUCCUGACGCAUCACCACACAUCAAUUUAAAUAAUCAGGUACCACAAAAUGUUAAUAAAAUUUAUUUAUGGGAAAAAAAAAUUUCAAUUUUCUUUUCUUUGGAAUUUGUUGCAAAAAUCGUGGUGCGCACUAUACACGAGGGCGCGCUAUAAACGAGUAAAUACGGUAUAUCUGGGGAUCGUAAAUAAUUAAUUAUUGGUAUCAAGACAUCAAGAUGAACGUAAACUUGAACACGUCACGGCAGCGAGAAAACUGGUGCGUAUACCAAUAAACUGGUAUUAGAACUGGACAAAACUGGUACACGGGAGGUGGAGCUUAUAUUUUUUUCCGCUAAGCUCGUAUCUAUUGGCUGGCUGCUGAUGGAAGGUCACGAGUCUGGGCAGAGUGUUGAGUGAGUUAUACUGCGCAUGCGCAGCUCAGAGAACAGAGAGCCAGCCGGCAACUACGCUGCACCGAAACAACAGCUGAUUGAGUACAAUGACCUUUCUCCGCGCACGGCGCGCUAUUGACGGUAAAUUUCCAUCAAUUUGCGGCCCUUUUUUGUAAUUUUUUUUACUGUGGUGCAAUGCGUAUGUGUAAUGUAGCCCGUGUAUUUGUGUGUAUGUGUAUUUGUUCUGAAUGCUGCAGGAUGGGACUGUAUUUUAAUUAACUUUAACGUAUUUCUUACUUUUCCCUUUAUUUACACUUUCCCACUUUUUACACUUUUUUACUUUGUCCCCAUGAAAAGUGCAAAUAAGGGGUUUUGCUGUAAUUGUGUGGUCAUAUAUUUUUUAACAUCAGUAUUAUUACCAAUAGGGGCUUUGGCUAACAAGUGCAGGGGUUUACUGCCUCAUAAUCAAAACAAAUAACCCUCCACAGCAUAUAAAAAAACUUUCAAAAAAUAUUUAUUUUAAAACAUUUUAUAUUUUUAUUGCAUAAGUUACAAAUUUAUUUUUACUGUGGAUGCCCCAAUUGUGAUUUACAGAUAUUUAUUUUCAAUAUGUCUAAAAAUUACAUCGUAAAAAUAAUAUUGUGGAAACAAGGACUCGCUAUAUAUAUCCCAUGCCAUAGAUAAAAAAAUGUAAAAAGAAUCUAACUAGGUAUAUUAUUAUGGAUCAUCUUUCUUAUACCAAAAUUUUAGUAGGGAUGGUCGGGUACCCGAAAUUUCGGGCAGUGUUUCGGGUAUCAAGUAUACCCGAAAUUCCGGGCGGGUAUUUCAGUGCCCGAAAAUAUCGGGCACCUUGGAAAACGGCAAUACCGCACGGCGCAAGUAAACAAAGCUUCUUUUUUUUGGAACGCGCGGCAGCUGCAGGAACAUGCCACGCCGCCGCCGUCCCGGCACCAGCCGGUGAAGUGAGUGUGCAUGAGAGAUAAGAUAAAGAAGGUGCCCGGUCAGCAAGUGUGUUUGUGGGAGGGGGAGACAGAUAUAAGAGAGCGAGCCCUGCAGCAAGCGGAAGUGGUCAAGGUCAACAUUUACCGUUACUCUCGCUGGCUGACUAACGAUGCAGCUGGUCGCCCGCCUCUCUUUCACACACACACGCACGCACGCACGCGCGCGCACGGCGGAUGCUCACUGCUCAAUAGUCACAAAGUAGUGUUCAAGGCCGGUGGAUCUGCUUGCUGUGUGCGAGAAGGAUUAUAAGCUGACUUUAAUUACACACAUUGUAGUUGCGUGGCAUUUACAGAAAGUGGUUGUGAAUUGUUUCUAUUUAAUUCAUGUCAUUAUUUUACCAAAAUGGAUACCAGUGGAAGUGUAGGUCAAACAAUCAACAGUGACAAUGAACCUUCAAGCAGCUACCCAAACACAAUUUAGUUAAUAAGCACUUUAUUUCCAAGAUUAAUAUGCACUCUAUUUUUUAGUUUAAUGUUUAACUUUCAUAUCAGUGCGGUAUAGUAAAUAAAUAAAAACAGUUCAGGUUUGUCAAUGCAAACUUAAGUACGACUAUUUUAUGUUCAUUAACUGAUUUUGAUGCCCGACCGAGAUUGCCCGAGCCCGAAAAUUUUGGACAAUUACCCGCCCGAGCCCGCCCGAAGUCAAAUUUCUCUGCCCGACCAUGCCUAAAUUUUAGUAAAGUUUUUAAAAAAAGGGCUGGGCCAAACAGGGAAUUUGCCAAUCAUACCAAUACUAAUUGUGUGUUGCUGAUGUGGCCGAUAACAGAUACCUUUCAUACCGAUCAUCCUUUCGAAAAACAUGUAACACACCAUGAAGCAUGUUAGCUUUUGGGUUUUAUACUUUCUUUGUAAAUAACUUAAGCCAUGCAAACCAAUGUUUGAAUGUAUUAAGUUGUUAAUAGUGGUUAAAAAAAUAAAACUAACACAAAAUAAAAUUCGAAAAAAAAUUUAAACUUUCAAAUUAACUUUUUAUUUUACAAUAUACACAGUUUGUCGAUAUGGAGGCACAAACUAACACAAAGGUGAAUAUUUCACUUGAAUCCAAGAUGUUUAAAGAAACAACAUUUUCACACAAGUUUACUUAAAAAAGAAUAUUGGCACCAAAUUUUAAUUUUAACUGAUUUUAUAAACAGCAUAAUUAUUUGAAAUAUCAGCAUCUUAUAUUAUAUAUACAAAUGUGUGGUUGAAUAUGUGCUUGUAAAUAACUAGCUUGUGUUUGUUUUUAAGAAUAUCUCAGCAGUGCAUGUGAAGUACAUUAAACUGUGCUGUGUGCUACGCCUGCCGGCUGGCUGGAGGAGGGGAAAAUCUAAAAAUAAACCAGCCAGAGUUAGUGUGUGUGUGCAUCUGUGAGCGCUUGUGGCCCUGAAGAGGUGUCGAUUGUUCCCCUCCCACUCCCAUCACUGUAAUGUCCGUUGACUGGCAUCUCACUAUCUUCAUGUGUGUGUCUCAGGUUUUUAUGGUGCAACAUUGCCCAGAAGCAAGUAACAAUAAAUAGUAACUUGCCACCUUCCCUCUCUCCGUGAAAAGGGGGGGGGGGGGGGGGGGUGGGGGGGGAAUUAUGCAAUAUAUGGGAAGGGGGAAAAUGAGGGGCCAUAAAGUUUGGAGGAGGGAGAGAGAUGGCCACAGGACUGCCGGCUCACCUCUUCGUGGAGUAAUAAAGUAGGGUAGAAAGCAUACAAAGAAGGACAGAGGAUCAACACCAGAGCCAAGCUGAGAUGCAGAACAUGAAGGCUUAACUUGUAUCUCUGGAACUCUACAUGAAGACAGAUAUAUGUUGUGACCCAUAUCAUAUUUGAAUGCUUUUAAUGUCCAAAACUUUUGAUGCGAUCCAUACGCUGGAACAAUUCUCCUGCGGGAUAAUAUGGUAGUUGAUCGACUUGAAAUAGGGGCAAGCAUGAUUCCAACAGCGACAGUCAAUAAUAUGACAAUAUCAGCUCUUUAAUCAAUUGGAAAUUGGUAUCGGCCCAGCUAAAAUAAACCUAAAAUUAUCAUGUCUGAAGAAUAAUAAUUCAUGUAAUAAUGUUUUGAACACUUUAAACACACUCAUUCACCAUAUAUGUAUGAAUUUAUUUCUAAGCCAGUUAAAAUUCUUACAAAUAAUUAUUAUGUACUACACUAUAUUUUUGCAGCAGCAAGCAACAACAGAAACUGAAAACUUCAUAGCACAUCUAUGGAAUGUUUUGUUUUGUAGUUUAAUACGUGAUGUACAACAUUGCAUUGCCUGCAUUGUGCCAAGUUGUUUGCGCUGGUGCUAAGAAAGUAAAAGCUAUUGCAGUGGAUGAAAAGGGGGAAAUGGCAGAAGGGGCUGUAAAGGUAUCUACAUGGCAUACUCGGAGAAUUGAUAGUAUAGGAUUUCCCUUAUUCACUGCCUUCCUGAACCUACUGUGCAGCAGUGGGAAACAAGUUUACGUGAGCUUAUUUUCUUGGAUUCUAUGCAAGGCUGUAAUCGACUUCUAUCACUUCAUGGAGAUUGGAAGGACAGGUGAUGUCAUCGAAGGGACAAAAUGUGGUUUCCACCAGAAUUGUAGAAAUAUUAAAGCGAUAAUGUGACUAUUGCUCGACCUUUUGGCUUAGUGGUUAUAGCUGCUGGGUAAUUAUCAGUAGGCUCAUCACAGAAAACUUUCAUUACUGCAACGUAGAGUUUUAUUUAAUUUUCACCUUUAUGACCAAUAGUUUUCAUACUUGAGACUUUGUGUAGUUUCCGAAAAAGUUAUUUGCAUAAUAAGAAUUUUAUGAUUAUUUUUUUGUAAUUCCUUAACUGCAAUUACAUCAUCAAAUGAAAUCAGGGUGAUAUAUCAGGGUAUUAUUUACUUAAUAUCUCAUGAUUUAGGCAUGUAUAUGGUAUAACAGUUGUCAAAAUAAAAACAUGUUUUAGUGCAAUACUUAAUCUGUUUUUACUUUAUGACUUUUAAUGAUUCAUGUGCCAUUAGUUGAUAGACUUUAAUCAUUGGUGUGAAUGUAUUUAUAUUACUUCAUAUUUAUUAUAUUUUUUGUUUUGGUUUCAGAGGUUUAUAUAUGUUCAUAGCUGAUUACUAACCCUACUUUAACUUAUUUGUUAUUUUUGUAAAUUAUGUAUAUGUAAGUAUUGAGAAUGCUUUGAGAAUGUUGUACAUGCUUAUUAACAUAAAGAGAUUUUUUUCUCAGUAGUUUCUGAGUAAUGUUUUAAAACUACAAUGAUAUUAGUGUUUUUUUUUUGCAUUGAAUUUAUACAUUAAGGGAAAAAUUAAUUCCUAUUUUCAAAUGUUAUAUUAUUUUUUCAUAAAUUGCUGUAGUAGUGUAUUUGCAGUUAUUUUAACACUUUUGAAAGCUCCAUGAAGUAUCUAAUUUAGGAACUAUGUAAUGUAUCAGUUCUUCUGCAAUGAGCUAGCAAGCUACAGAGUGAACUGAUGUUUCUAGCAUGGUUCUUAUUUUCUGCCAUCAUAAGCAUAUAUCAUUUGCACAAGUGCUUUAUUUUAAAGUAAGCAAGCAUGGGUUGAGUUAUUGCUUACAAUAAUUUAGCUUGUUUCACAGCAGACAUGCUAAAAUCAUAACCUGAUAAAUAAAAAAUCUCUUUUAAGGUAUGCUGUAUGGUAGGAUAUGCAAACAGUUGUAUGAUUGAUUAAAAAAUUUACGUACAUAUUUUUAAAGCUUUCAAAAUAAGCUAAUACUACAUACACACAGUCACUACAGUGUAAGGACCAGUAAAAUGUAAAUUGAUUGCUACUCAAUUGCAUAAACUACAAACAAGUGAAACUACUGUUUUACAGUCAUGAAGUAAAUUAGAUACUGGAGUGAACCAAGAAAUGUUCAAUGCUUACAUUUUAAUUUUAACAGUUCAUUUAGUAACUGACAAUACAGAAAAUUUAGCUACAAAAAAUAUGAAUCCAAGUUUAGUUUUAAUUUCUGCCAACAAAAAAAAAAAAUUCUGGCCUCUUUUGCUCUAUGUGCUAGUCCCAAAACUGGUGUGUAGUCUCAGCUGCAGUACCUACUUCAAAUGGUGACCCUUACUUUAGCCCAAAUUUUCAGUCCUAAAAUUUUAGGUUUAUUUUAAUCAUAAAUGAUAAAAUUUUAAAUAAUUUUUUUGCUGUCCAGAAAAUAGAAAAGUAUUUAAAAACAAAACCACCAUAAGAAAGUGUAAUGGCUCUUAAAUACUAUUUGUAAUCAGACACCUUUAAUAAAUCUUGAACAGUUUGCAAAUGGUGCAUCAACACCUGGAGCUCUACACAUCAUUGGGCCAGGCGGCCACGUUAAUGAAAGAUUUAUACUAUGUAUGUCACUUUUAAUCUGUAGGUGGUUUCUCCUUUCCCGCACCUUUGUGUUUGUAAUUGAUAACAUUCCUACAGUUAUCGGAGCACAAGGACUCGUGUAGUUAUCUGGUACCUAAAGGAACGUAAGAAAAUUAUAUUUUUAUUAGUUGGAAUUUUGAAGAGUUUCAUACCACUACAUUCAUGUGGUUUUUGUUUAUGUGUAUAUCUUGGUUUUAGUCAGACCAGUUAGGAUGUAUGAGUGCAUAAUACACAAAACAACAUUUAGAAUAUUUUACCACUACUGUCACUUCAUCACAGAUACUCGAGUUCUUUUGCAGGUUGUUAUAUCACUUACUUCCUUUUCUAUGUGAACACUCUUUACUGGCUUAAGUAGUUGUAAAGUUGAGUUGAAUAUCUGCCCUUUUGGGGUAGUGAUGAGCUCAAAUACAUGCAUAAACGCAGUUAGAAAAUGUGAUGCUGCAUUGAGAACCAAUUUGAAGGUAUUGAUAGUGAUAGUUGACUUUUGUUAUUAGGAAGGGUCGAAAAGCAGUAUUGGAGAGAGGGAGAAAAGUGAGCGCAAGAAUGCCAUCACCGCACUCCCUCCCAUGCUCCUACAGCAAUAAAGUAGCACAGAAAGUAGACAAAAAGAGGACAGAGGGUUAACACCAGUGCUGUAUUUCUUAUGCGCCAGUAAUCUGAGACACGGAGCAAAGACUUCACUUGUAUUCUAUUGUAGGCAAUGUAUGGUGCGAUUCGUCUUCGAGGGUGGCCCAAUUAAUUUAAUUUUUUUUUAACCUAACUAAAACUAAGUGUAUUUGCUUGGGAGGGGUCUGGGUUAGGGAAGACUAGGUGCGCCUCAGACGAAGCCUUUACGCCUAAUUAUGCUGUUUUCAGCCGUGCAGGAAGGGUAGCAUGCAACAUGUGCUUUGUUUGGGGAUUGGCCAGCCAUGGCAGCGAUUGAUGCCAUGACUAACUCCCCUAUUUUAAACUCUUAGACUAUAACUAGUAAAGUUGGGCCUAGGUGAAACCUGCAUGGACACAGGGAAAACCCUGUGCUCAUUCAUGCGUGGUUACAUAGUGCGAGGCAUUAUGCAGGCAGGUUCAGUACUGUGAUCAGUAAGAAAGGUUGGUCAAAGGCAGAAAGUUUCUAACGUGCUGGGAUCGGGAGCUUGGGCCUUUCAGCCUGCAUUGUAGCUUGUUCGCAUCUGGAUGUGCACCAUUGACGCGUGCGCCCCUGGUGGAUCGCCCUUCAAGCUGCCAGUCAGGGCGUGUGCUUGUAGAUAGGAAAGAAGAAUGUGUGGAGCGUAUAUAAAAUAAUUGUGUUAGUAAUUUAAUUGCGUUAAAUAAUCACGAGCUGACGCAUCAGAUCUCGCUCCAUAAGGCAUAGAGUGGGAGGUCGCCUGUCGCCAGUAAAAGGUUGUCGGCAGUUAGCGAAAUUAUUUUAUCUGUCAUUACGAAACCCUAGCCCCAGCUUCUCUCUUACUGCGAAAAAGUUGAAUUUUUAUUACCCAAAUUACAGGUACGACCCAUACGAAGGGGCAACUCUUCUGCGGGUAAAUACGGUAUGUUUGGUAGAGCACUUGUGCAGUUUCAAAUCAUCAUGAACAGUACUGUUUAUACUGCUUCUGCUGUUAUUGAUUUUUUAUGAUGCCAAUUCAUUCAUUCCACUGUUAGUGACAUAAUUCAAUGUUCAGAUGGAAAUACUAUACAGUACUAUACUUUAGUUGCUGCUAAUUUUAUGUUUAUUAAAAUUAUUUUUAUUGUUUGAUAAUUGGCUAAAUAUGUACAUGGUAUUAGGAUAAGUUUACCUUCAAAGGUGUUAAAAUUGCUGCAAUUUUAGACCUUUGUAAUUUUGUCCAUUCAAUUUUUAUUGUGAAUUUUUUAUGUGUAAUAUCUUAGCUCUCAGUAUACGGCAUAUGGUAGGAGUAAUUUCGUGAAUGGAACAGAAGUCGCAUGAAGCGGGAAUGUGUAACCACGGUGCUGCCAUCUGUGGCGGGUGGCGCACACCAAAGUUCACAAAGGCAAAGGAAAACUUUAGAGUAUUAAGUAUUUAAUGAAAAUUAAUAAUAUGGGCAGCAUUUUAAUAAAAUUCCUUGUCGAAAAUUCGGGUCUUUUUCGCUUUUAUCAGAGCCGUUUCAUUAUAUAAAUAGUUAGACAUUUCUGUCUGGUAAUCAAAUGAUUCAUAUUCGAAGUAGCUGUUCCGGCAGCAAAUUCUAGCGGCAUGUAUUGAAACUGCCUGUGAUUCGCGUCCAUAAAAUGGAACGGAAAUAAUAUUUUAUAAAUUGUUUUUUUAUAAUUGAGUAUCAAAAAUUUUACACUUCUAUUAGGAGGUUUGAAGUACUAAAGGCUUAGUUGUACUACCAUAAUUGUUGUGUCUGAAAAGUUUUAACUAAGAGAAAAUAGUUAUUUUCUUAGUCUAAUAAUGUUCAUAUGCCCAAAUGAAAAAUAUUAACUAUGGUGUUGAAAGAUUCAACUCUUUAAAUGUUUGUUUCUCAAACUAAGUUUCCAGAAUCAAAACACGUUUAAAUUUUAUUUAUGUUAUUACCUACAUGUUAAAAGUAUUCUAUCUUACUGUCUUGGGUAAUUGUAACAGGAUAGGUAUGAAUAAAAAAAUUGACCUAGUAAGUUAACUUCAUAGGUUAUCAAUGUUUAAUUUUUUUUAAUUUACUUUAAUUCCUCUAAUAUUUUUCUUCAAAUAUUUUUCCUCAAAAUUGAAUCCUUCGAAUAACAAGGAUUUUAUUUGCCCAUCCCUAAUAAUAAUGCUAAUGAGUAACAACAUGUGCGAAGUAAAAAACUGACUUUCUCUAAUAUCAUUCCCAAUUAUUAUCCGCACACUGUCAUUGUAGUACCUCCAGACCGUGCUGAGUGCUUCAGUUCAGGAACGGUGUUCUGAAAUUAUUUCUGGUUACGUUUUUGGCUAUUGGCGUGUGGGUUACUGUUUUGUAUGUGUCUGCUUCGUAUGGCCUCGUUAGAAACAUGUAUUUUAUGUGGUAGCUGCUUUCAUAACACUUUUAUUUCCUAACGUGUAUAAUCUACAGUGGUUGUGAAUUUUUUUUUAUAAAGUAAACAUGUGAUACUGUUGUGCAUGGAUUUUGAUAAUGAUGCUAGUUUUAUUUAUGUUCUUUUGUCGUGUGUGUUAUGGUUCAAUGUUAAACUAAAACAAAACAAAUUACUUUUUGCAUAGAUUUUGGUAUACUGCCAGGAACAGUCAUGAUUAGUAGACUGCAUGAACUUUCAAGUAUGUAUGUGUAUAGUCAACCUAUUAUUUAGUGCAACUUAUUCAUAAAUUUUUUUCAAUAGUUAUCAGCUGUGUAAUUUUUUUGUGCUUUGCAAAGAUGCAAUGAGAUUUAAAUUUCUAACUAACUUCCUGAAUGCCUUACUUCGUGUGUAAUAUUUAGUAUAUUUUCGGUGUAUGGUAGUAUUUUGAACAUAAUGAUACAGUGGGCAAACAUUCAUGUGGUUUUUGUAUUCAGAUUACAUUUUAUUUCACAGUUUUGUAGUUCCAAUUGCAAUGAUUUUUUUUGAAAAAAGCUAGUGAGAUACUUAUGCUCUUAAAGUAGACCCCUGUUACAAUACUUUUUAAAGGGGCAAAAAAGAAAAUUGUGUGCUGUAAAGUGUGAUAUAAUGUAAAAUAAUUUUUACAACCUCUGUUUUAUUGUAUUAAAAAAAAGCAGUUUUGUAUCUAUGCAGACAAGGCAACAAGAUUUUUGAAUGGACAGUAUGAAACAGCUGAUGUUAGUCUUGGAUGGGCAGGUUGCCAAUGUUCUAAUCAUCUAAGCUUUUAUUGAAUGGUAAUAAAGCCUUUACCACUUGCUUGAGUAGGAAUGUUCAUCAUUGAGCGAAGUGGUGACAAUAUGCCUUGGUCCAUUCUUUCCCCAAUAUGUAUUCCUAUUUUUAGUAGUUGCGUUUUUCAUCAACUCUUAAGACCUUGCUGUUAAUUAGGUAAUGUUAAACCCCAAUAAAAAAAAAUAAAGUUCUUUAUUAUGGAAUGCAGUAUUCUCGGCUACUUCACAUCAAAAAAUAAUGAAAAAAAUAUUGUAUGUGAAGAAUACGACUAGGUAGCGGGCAGUGUGUGAUUUGAGGUAAUCCAGAAACUGAAUACGACUAUUUUUUGUAGAUGUCUAAAUUCACGUCAACUGACACGUAGCGUGUCGAAGCUCCCGCGUUCGUUCUCGUCACACUUUGCAUUUGUCGAUGUUGAACUUUACAUUGGUAGCACUCCACCUUUUCUAUGUCAAAAAAAACUGUUGAACUAAAUUAUAUAACUCCGGUGUACCGUAAUAUUAGGCCUGUGGGAAUUUUCUAAAUUUUAGAUAUCAGAAUGAAUAGUAUAUUUUUUUAUUCAAUUUGAAUUGAAAUACUUCCCCUUCAAAAUAAUGAAAAUUUUAUGAUCUUCAAAGUGUAGUGAAUUUGGUGUAUCACCUCGUCUUUUGAUUCUUGUAAAUACGGAACUGAAUUUUAUUGAUAUUUUCUAAAUAGUGCAUACCUAAUUGAUAAUUGUACAUUUUAAUAUUUGGUUUCAUAACACUACAUCCAGGCUGUAAUGCUUUUAUUUUGUUUAUUUAGGGGGUAUGCGAGGUUCUACAAAAUAAAAUGCUCACCAUGAGAGCAUUAUACAACCAUGUUUUGAUUUGUUUGGUAGAAUAGUUCAAAAAGAGUCUACAAGUUGUUAAUUGUAAGUCAUUUUCACAGUAAUUUGUUAUGAAAUUAAAAUAUUAGCACGCAUUGCUAACUAACGAUACGAUACGCUUGCAUUGGGCUUUUAUCCGGUGGCAAGAAGUAUCUCUACUCAUGCUUAAAAAUUCUUCCAGGCAUUUACGUGAGAUCUUCCCAGCUUGCACAACAAAUAAAUAAUACAAUUUAGGAAAGAGUUACAUAUAAUGGUUUCUAUAAUUUUAUUGUAUACUGACUUUAUUUAUUAUGUCAAAAAAUCAAAAUAUGUGUGAAGAACCAAAUGGAUCCACUUUUUACAGAUACUGUUAUAGUGCUGUAUGAAAAGAGAAAUUUAUCACUAAGUAUUGUUAUUAUACUAAUUAUAUUAUUGCUUUUGUAAUUUUUUUCCCAGUAAAGAACUAUGAAAUGGUACAAAAUUGUUUCCGUGAUGAAGAGAACAUGAAAAGAUUGUACAAGUUUAAAAUUGCAUAUUCUAAAUAACACUGACUGGUGAUACUUUUAAGUGAAAACGAACUGUAGAAAAGUUGCAUUUUUGUCAAUGUUUAUCUAAAUAAUUAUUUUCUAAGGAUGGUAUGCAUCUCAUUGUUUUUUACAUUUGCGUUUCACAUGUAAAAAAAUUUAAUUUGUUACCAGUGUUAUAUUAUAUAUCCUUCAUUUGCAUUUGAGAUGAAAAUUAUAAUUUUUAUAUUUAGUGAGAAAAAAUUGAAUUUUAUUAUAUGAAAAUAGUUAUGUAUUUAAUCUUUAUGAAUAAUACAAUCAAAUUUUAUUUAUGUUCAGUCAAAAUAUAUGUGAUUUAAUCCAUUGUUUUUAUUUUUGAAUUUAUAUAUAUUUUUUUGUUUUUAAUGUGGCAAUAAAUGCACUCUGCAAAA